AAUUGAAAGCACGAGACUUGUAUUGGAAUCUUUUAACAUAUGGCUUUCGUCAUGGUGCGCUACGCCUUUUGACAACUUCGUGUAACAAUUUUCGGAAAGUGUGGCGCAUUCCUUUCUGCUCAGCACGUUACAAUACAUCCACUUCAGCGAAUAUCAACAUUGGACAGCUUUGUUUUAUAUAUUGCUGUUGGUGUGACGGUUACAAAAUCAGUUCUCCGGUAGAGUAGGUCUUGCCGUUCACGUACCGGUAGAUUCACCGUAGAUUUAGGUCCAUAUCAAGUCAAGAGUCAGUAUACUUCUGCAGAGUACACUAUAUUACAGAGCUUUCAGCAUACUCUGGGAAUGCUACCAAGGCUUGCAGUCUGGUGAACCUGAGGUCCACCGCCAGCUCUAGGCACGAAGGGGUGGCUGUCUUUAGUUUGCUCCUCUUCUUCUAUUAGCUAGUCUAGGGCGAUUGUGUUGCUUACAUUACUGCUACCGUAAACGGUGUUGCUCUUGGUUAUAGCCUACGGAACCUAAUUUCGCGCGGUUUUCUAGGUCUUCAACAAAGCAGAGGGCUGCUUAGCUCUCCAUGACUUCGUAUGAGUGUUCUUUCGGCACCAAUAUCCAGCAGACAUCGAAAGCCGCGAAUGCCGGACCAACAGCUGCGCCAGACCCAGGCUUUCUGGAUCUUCCGGAGCCCAUAUUACAGCAAAUACUGGUGUUGUCUGGCUCUGGGGGCCCCGCAGCCGCGUGCGCAUGUUCCUACUUGCAGACGACUUUUGAUGCCGCGCUUACCAGCCCAGAGCUCGCAGCACGCUUCCUGAUUGUACGCUACGGCCCCAGCACUGCCCUGUUCCAUGUCUACGGUCCAAACGGUGUGGCGCGCUUCCUGCUUCGUGGAGCAUCUGGCGGUCUGUCGCAUGAUGAUGCGACCAACAAGUUAAUACGCGAGCUUCUGCGUCUUGGUGCCUCGCCGCAUGCCCAGGCACGCUUUCUCCUGGCUGCUGCGGCUGGCGCCGGCGACACGCGCACCCUUCGCACUAUCCUAAGCGCCGGAGGCUUGAGCCCUGGCGCCAGUGGUGGAGGCGGCCGGGCGCUGGUCGCAGCCGCCGCUGGGGGCCAUCUUCCCGUCAUGCAGCUGCUGCUGCGCGCCGGCGUCUCCGCCCGAGCUGAGAGCGGCAUGCCGCUGCGCGCCGCAUGCCGUGAAGGGCAUCUAGCUGCCGUACGGCUGCUGCUCAGCCACGGCGCCGACCCGCGGGUCGCGGCGGGAGCCGCGCUGGCGGAAGCGGCCCGCGGCGGCCAUUUGGAAGUGGUUUCGGAGCUACUGGCCACGGGCACCGUUGACUGCCGUACACCGGCUGCAGCAGCGGCCCUGUCCGCGGCAGCUGCGGCGGGGCGCGAUGACGUUGUGGUUGCUCUGCUGGCGGCAGGUGUUCGUCCGCCAGCCACUGUUGCUCAGCCGCUCGGUCGUAGUAACGGUAACGGUACCGGCAGCAUCAUCAGCGGCGGAGGUGGAAAGGAGGCGGUUCCGCUAAGGGCGCCACGACGGGCUGUGGGUCGGCUGGGCGGGAAUGAAAUGGGGGCUGCAUCGGUUGGCUUUGGAGGGGUUGGGGCAGGCGGUGGUGGCGCGUCGCUGCCCAACAGCGGCGGCGGCGGCGUGCAUGCAGCGGUGCGGUCAUCUGCGCAGCAACAACAUCACAAUCGCCAGCAGCAGCACCAGCAGCAGCUGGCUACCUGCUCGUCUCGCAUCCGCCCAUAGGUUGGUUUGUUGGUUGUUGUACGAGGGGUAAGACGUGGUCUUGAGUAUUGUCAUGUGGCGCCUGCUUGUCUGUUGGGGUUUGCCAAGUGGGGGUGCUUUCCUUGGAUACGUGGUUCCAUGGCGCAUGUGCAUGAUUAGGCGCCGCUGGGUAGCGGUGCCUCGAGAGUGAGGCUUUCUCUUGGUAUGCAGUGAACGGGCGAGGAAGCCUGUUAAUGGCAAGAUGAUUUGGGGACAAGAAUAAAGGUCAGAGGGACACAUUAACCAUGAUUGCAUGACGUUUGCAAGCGCAGAAGCACACCAAAAGUGCAGAAGCAAAGGCAUUCGUGCAUUCGGGCAGUUUGUUGGGCCAUGAGACAUGUGUGCCAUCGGUACAAUCCAUGAG